UCGCCCUCGUCGCCUUCGGAGCUCGUCCGCCUGCGAGCGCACCAUGGCCGGGCCCCCGCGCUCCCCGCCGCUCCUGCUGGCCGCCCUGGCCCUCGCCCUGGCCCUCGCCCUGGCCCUGGCCGCGGCCGCGAGCCCCGGGGCCGGCCGGAGAGGCAGCAGGCCCGGCGCGGUGGGCGGCGCGGUGGACGCGGACGUCGGGGAGGAGGGCGUGCAGCAGGCGCUGGACUUCGCCGUGCGCGAGUACAACCGGGCGAGCAACGACGCCUACCACAGCCGCGCCCUGCGAGUGCUGCGCGCCCGCAAGCAGGUUGUGUCUGGGAUGAACUACUUCUUGGAGGUGGAGAUUGGACGAACGAGAUGUACCAAGUCCCAGCCCAACUUGGACAACUGUCCCUUUCAUGACCAGCCACACCUGAUGAGGAAAACGCUCUGCUCUUUCCAGAUAUAUACUGUCCCCUGGCUGGGCAAGACCUCCUUGGUGAAGUCCAGCUGCCAGGAUGUAUAGAAGACCUGCUCUAGCCCCCUCUCCCACUCCCCUAUUCCCUUGUAGACCUCCUAAGCCCUAGAAGGUUGGCCCUGCUCAAGUGACAUCCCCUGUGUGCUGGUGAUCCCAGGAGACAGAGAAGGAUUCUGAGGCUUUUUUUGAACAACUAAAUAACUGUAACUCUUCUCUUUUCAUUGCUCUCCAAAUGCAUAAGUAUGUAGUACACGUAUUCUGCUCUAUCAUAAUUAAUAAAAAGUAACAUCAGCUACUUA